CGGGUCAUAUGCUAGCCAGUUGCAAUCCAGUUGUUCUUGAAUUGAAAUCGUGAAAUAAAUAUUCAAGUUAAACUUAGUGAUUCGUUCCAAAGAAAGAGGAUAAAUUUUCGAGAAAAUGCCACCUAACGCUUUGAGUGAAACCGGGGUCUUAUUCGAGACCGAAAAUGAAAUCGCCGUUCAAGAAUUACCCGGAAACGUGCAAAAACCGGAUAAUAGGAAAUUGGAGUUAGUAUGGAGAAACAUUAUUCUUAUGGGAUAUCUUCAUAUUGCUGGGGUUUAUGGUGCUUAUCUUAUGGCUACUUCUGCUAUGUGGAAAACUGUUUUCUUUUCCAUUGCCAUGUAUCAAAUGGGAGGUUUGGGAAUUACAGCCGGUGCUCAUCGUUUAUGGGCUCAUAAAUCCUACAAAGCUAAAUGGCCAUUAACUCUUUUAUUAACAAUUUUCAACACAAUUGCUUUCCAGGACGCUGUUGUUGAUUGGGCUCGCGACCAUCGAGUUCACCACAAAUACAGCGAAACUGAUGCUGAUCCCCACAACGCCAAACGUGGAUUUUUCUUCGCUCACGUCGGUUGGUUGCUUUGCCGUAAACAUCCAGAAGUUAAAGCUAAAGGAAAAGGAAUCGACAUGUCCGAUUUAUACGCAGAUCCAAUUCUUAAGUUCCAAAAAGAUUACUACUUAAUCGUAAUGCCUUUAAUCUGCUUCGUUAUUCCAACUAUAAUUCCGAUGUACUUUUGGGAUGAAACCUUCCAAAAUGCUUUCUUCCUUAAUCUCUUCAGAUACGUUUGGACUUUGAAUAUAACUUGGUUGGUUAACUCUGCUGCUCAUAUGUUUGGAGAUAAACCAUACGAUAAAUACAUCAACCCGGCUGAAAAUAAAACUGUUGCCGUUUUGGCUUUAGGUGAAGGAUGGCACAACUAUCAUCACACUUUCCCAUGGGAUUACAAAACCUCUGAAUUAGGAAAAUACAGCGUAAAUUUAUCAUGUUUGUUUAUCGAUUUUAUGGCAAAACUUGGAUUGGCUUAUGAUAUGAAAACGGUUUCUGUUGACAUGAUCAAAAAGAGGGUUGAAAGAACUGGAGAUGGUACCCAUGAAUUGUGGGGAUGGGGCGAUAAAGAUCAACCGGCCGAAGAACGUAACGAAGCCAUCAUUCUUAACAGAAAAUUACAAUAAAUGAUGAUUUAUUUUUCUUUGGAGAUAUGACAUUCGUUGAAUUAUAAUUAUUAAUUUAUGCAUUGCAA